AUUAAUUUUCUGAAGCAUGUGAAGUUAGUGUCCUGCUCAUUAAAACCCGCCCUGCAGAAGAAGUACAGUUUAAAUAAGGUAAGAUGACAGACGGAAACAGCAGUAGUCUGACCGAUUGCAGCUGGGAGUAUGGGAUGGGAGGUUAUUAUUACGUUGUCAUGGCAAUCGUCUACAUCAUUGCCAUUGUCAUCCUCUUUAUUGCUAUAGCCGUGGUUUGUGACGACUAUUUCGUACCCUCGCUGGUGGUUAUUUGUCAGCGAUUAGACUUGUCAGAAGAUGUGGCUGGGGCUACUUUCAUGGCAGCAGGUUCCUCAGCACCGGAGCUGUUCACGUCUUUAGCAGCAGUCACUAACAACUCUGAUAUUGGGGUGGGAACCAUUGUCGGGAGUGCAGUGUUCAACAUCCUAAUAAUAAUCUCACUGUCAGCUAUUCUCAGUAAAAACGUAUUAUUACUGGAUUGGAGACCGUUAUCACGUGACGCAUUCUUCUACGGUAUUUCUAUCGUCAUGUUCAGCGCAUUUGCGUGGGAUGGAAUGUUCACGUGGUUAGAGAGUCUGGUGACGCUACUUUACUACGGUAUUUACAUCCUGGCUCUUAAGUUUAACCCUGCUCUCUUUAAGCUGCUGGACAUUCUCGGAGGAUGUCUUUGCUGUAUUAAAGAUGUUCCUCAUGCUGAAGCCGAAGAAGUCGAAAAUACAAAGGUUCACGUGUUAUCGGAUAAUAGUAUUGGACCAGUUGUACAAGUUACUCCUCCAACUGAUAAUAAUAGCAGUGUCAGUGUCUCCUAUGUGCCGCUCCGUGAUGUGAGGGUUGAGAUGUACCCUAAAGGACUGGGGGUUCCCAUGACAAUGAUGCGGACUCAGAGCUCAGGGAGUAGCGGUAUUGGUAGUAUGACAGACGAUCCUCCUCUUCAUAUAGAACCCGAGGAGAAACCCUGGUCACGUGACCCUGGAGUACACAAGAGCGAGAGUCUGGACUCUGUCUGUGUGGACGACGUUACGAAAACUAACGGAGAGGCGCGGCACAGUAGUAGCUCCUCUCCCGGGACGGACACGCAACGUGACGUCAUUAAUCUGCCGCGUGACGUCACGCCGCCGCGUGAUAAGAGCACGGAGACGGAGGGGGAGGAAGAGGACUUUGAUGAGGUCACAGUCUGCUGCUGUGAGGUUUGCCCCAAAGUAUUAACCAGCCUGCCAGAACGACCCGCCGGAGCCUGCUCCCUCCUCCGCUACUUCAUCAAUAUCUUCUACUUCACUGCUUCUUUCCCCUUCCAGCUCCUCUUCUCAUUUACUAUACCUAACACUAUGAAACCUCAUCUCAAGAAGUAUUAUUUGCUCUCUUUCGUUGGUAGUGUGCUAUGGAUAGCAGUACUAAGUUACGGAAUGGUAUUGUUAGUUGAGAGGUUCGGCUGUAUUGUUGGCUUUAACGACUACAUAAUGGGACUCGUUGUAGUGGCUGCUGGAACUAGUGUACCGGACGCACUCAGUUCAGUUAUAGUCGCCAGGGAAGGACACGGUGACAUGGCUGUAUCUAACGCGCUAGGUUCAAAUGUGUUUGAUAUUAAUCUGGGAUUAGGUCUACCAUUCCUUAUCAAGACGCUCUACAACAACGGACCAUUAGUCCUACAAGAGUUCACGACGGAUAUGGUGAUUUUACCCCACGCAAAGUUCGGGAUAAUCCUCCUUUUCAUUCUUAUCCUGGUCUACAUCCUAAUCUUCACCAACAAAUUCAGACUUAACCGAACUGUCGGUAUCAUAUUAUUUCUAAUGUACUUUGUGUUCAUUGCGUACUCGCUUGUUCAGGAACUAGUUUGUGACGGAGGGAGGAUUUGUUAGCACUCUGUGGAGUUGUUAGCACUCUGUGGAGUUGUUAGCACUCUGUGGAGUUGUUAGCACUCUGUGGAGUUGUUAGCACUCUGUGGAGUUGUUAGCACUCUGUGGAGUGUGGAGUUGUUAGCACUCUGUGGAGUUGUUAGCACUCUGUGGAGUUGUUAGCACUCCGUGGAGUUGUUAGCACUCUGUGGAGUUGUUAGCACUCUGUGGAGUUGUUAGCACUCUGUGGAGUUGUUAGCACUCUGUGGAGUUGUUAGCACUCUGUGGAGUUGUUAGCACUCUGUGGAGUUGUUAGCACUCUGUGGAGUUGUUAGCACUCAGUGGAGUUGUUAGCACUCAGUGGAGUUGUUAGCACUCUGUGGAGUUGUUAGCACUCUGUGGAGUUGUUAUCACUCUGUGGAGUUGUUAGCACUCUGUGGAGUUGUUAGCACUCUGUGGAGUUGUUAGCACUCUGUCAUCUGUGGAGUUGUUAGCACUCAGUGGAGUUGUUAGCACUCAGUGGAGUUGUUAGCACUCCGUGGAGUUGAUAGCACUCUGUGGAAUUGUUAGCACUUUGUGGAGUUGUUAGCACUCAGUGGAGUUGUUAGCAAUCGGUGGAGUUGUUAGCACUCGGUGGAGUUGUUAGCACUCGGUGGAGUUGUCAGCACUCUGUGGAGUUGUUAGCACUCUGUCAUCUGUGGAGUUGUUAGCACUCAGUGGAGUUGUUAGCACUCCGUGGAGUUGAUAGCACUCUGUGGAAUUGUUAGCACUUUGUGGAGUUGUUAGCACUCAGUGGAGUUGUUGGCACUCUGUGGAGAUGUUAGAUAUUAUCUUCAUAGUAGAUAUUAUCUUGAUACUUUUAGAUAAUAUCUAGGCACUAGAUGUUAUCUAGAUAUUAGAUAUUAUUUAGGUGCUAGAUAUUAUCUAGUAUUUAUGUUUAUUUAUUGCUUGCGGAAUGAGUGGUGGAGAAUGGAAUUGUAACGAGGAAAGUUAUAAGAAUAAGACCCGAUCAAGUUUCGACCCUCGUUUGGUGGUCGUCCUUAGUGCCUUAAUUCGAUAGAAUUUGAUCGCUGCGAUUGCAGUUCUCCCUUGGUUUCCAACUAAACCAAGGGAGAAUGUGUAAGUUAGAUGGAGGUCGAGAAACGAGAUUUUUAACUUUGAGAAUAUUUAGCAUAAGUUGAUUAGAGACCAGAGAAUUUUCAAGAGUGAUUUAUUCGUUAUAUUGGCCAUUCAUUUUGAAUGAAAAAGCAGUCAUUAUAUAUUUUAUCAAAGAUUUAACUUAAUCUUAAUCCAUAUUAUUAUUAUUCAUUAAUAUUAUACUAUUGUAGGGAAUUUACCGAUAAAUUUUAAAUCAGAUUGAUGGUAUUUCCGCAGAUUUAUAAUGAUUUAUUCCACAGUGUGGAUUGGUUAUAUUUCGAGAUGAUAACGGAAAAAUGUUUCCGAUUUUUGUAAUACAUUUGUAACCUCGUUAACUUAUCGUUCUAGUUCUACCCAGGGAUCGUCACAUAUUAUGUCGGCAACAUUUUUCCAUCUCCCUCCGUCAGCAGUUUCCCACUUUGUGUGAAAAUUCAUUAUUUCAGCAACAACAAAAAAGCACCCUCCCCUCUAAUGUUGACGUAAUUAGUGAAGUGUAAACCCUCCUUGAAACUUGAGAUUCAGCUGUUACUAUUUGUAUUUGUAUCAUUUGUGUACUUAUAAUAAAUUAGAAUUUCUUGGCUUAUCAUAUUCAUGGUGUGAUAACUUUAAGUUUACAGAUUGAAAUGCCGAGGUAGCUCUACAGAAGCAACUGUAUUUUUCAACUUCAGUAAAAUUUUAUGGUGAUAUCCACAGCAAUCUAAAUAUGAAAGUUGAGUAGGUUUUGUUUUUCAUAAAAUUUGAAAAAAUUCACAACAAUUUGUGAUCCUUAAAAGUUGUGGAAUUGGGAAUUAAAAACUGAGGUUCAAGUAAGCUUAACUUUAAGUUCCUGAUGCUUCGGUCUGCAGCAUGUCACGUGACUAUGAGGAAUUCCUCACUCAGUUACGGACUGCUAGUCUCGCUACCCGUCCUAAUCUAGAAUGUGGUGUCAGUCGUCACAUAAUUUCAAUUAGACGGUAUCACGUUUUUUUAUUAAGGCACAGGUUAUAUCUCCACCGAAAGUACACUCCCCAAAUUGCGCGCAUUGCAGUAACUUCUUUGUUCUUUCAAAGUUCAUGAAUCGAGAUUAAAUCUUUUGCAAUGUAUUCAGAAUCAAAGUACAAAGUAUGCACUUGCACAAACUCAAAUCGCUACUGUCUUAUUUCUCCGUGAAAAGCACAAUAGCGUGGGAGCAGCUUUUGUCGAUCUGCCUCGAAAGUGAUCUUGAACGUAGUAGUAGUACACGUCAACUUAGUUGUACUUGUAAUAGUGCACAAUCCAGUAAGUUAUAGUAUAUAGACAUGUUUUAUACAUAUCAAAUUUGAUGUGCUUUCGGUGGAGACCUGCGCCUUUCAUCAAUAGAAUGAACAAAAAGCGUAGUUUAAUGGAUAAACACUGUUACUAUAUGGGUAUGCCCUUACGGGUUAAAAACUUUUCCUAACAGUGGCAAAAAAUGAGCAAGUUGAUAUUUAAUUUUUAAUAAGUGAGGAAGAGUCUAUGCACUAUGUAUGAAUAUUAAUUGAGAUGCAAGAGAUUAUAAAUUGUGGUGCAGUUAAUAUUGAA